AUGUUGUUCACGAUAACAAUGGAUGAGACUGACAUAUUCGCUCGUGCUAGACAAAGUGCACUGAAAGACGCUCGAAAGCUACGUCUACCGAAGGGCACCACACAGGAGUUUUUAUCGCGCGAAACGUCCCCGUCAUCUGGGAUUCACUGUUUUCGAGGAUUUGAUAUCGUUUACUUCAAAGUGUUUUAUCGGGAGCGCCGAGCAACUGUGGUAGAAGCAAAGAUAGUCUCAGAUGGGCGUAGAGUGACUGUGUGUUGGGCGAAGUGGCACAAGUGGUUAGAGCACGAAUUUACUGACCUGAAGCUAUAUCACACUUACCGAUGUCUAGCUGCCACGCCACCCGAAGGUUGCACGAGGGCUGAGGUACUGCCAGGUUGCCCAAGCCUAGACAGGGGAAGUCGAAAGGCAGAGAGCGGGUUCGAACCCACGGACCUCCGGUACAGAGAUUCGCGCUCCACUCAUUGA